AUGGGUCUUCAAAAUAUGACUAUUCUUCUACUCGCCAUUUUCGUUCUUCCUAUAGCGCAUGCUACUAUCGAAAAUCCAGAAGUGCCUAAUGCAAACCAUGUCUUCAACGCCAUUCAUUCAUCCAUGAGACAAUGGGGUUCGUCACUUAAUCACAAUGGAAUGUCGUUCUUCCUCGCCACAGUGCCAGCUGGAACUCAGCUCUACCAUGGAACUUCGAAGCUAGAAGCAGUUACCGGGACAGAGUGGUUGGCGUUUGAACCCGAGCAUGCACUCAUCUUUGCACGCCCUCGUCGAGGACCGCCGCCGAGAGAAGGGCAUGGCCCGCCCAACGACCAACCUCAUCAUGGAACAGACACAUCGGAUAGGCGAUCUCAUGGAGAAUCACUCCCAACGACGGACGAUGGUAGGAAAAACUACUCAGACGCUGAGCGUUUUGCUGAUACAAAAACUCUAGGAGCGAGGCCGGCAACACCUCCUCACAGACAGCCACCGCCUCAUGAGCGACCAGGAACGCCUGUCUUAACGUAUGAUGUUGAGCAUUAUGAACGAUUUGAUCGCAAACCUCCCACGCACCAUGAAGAAAGAAACUACCCACAGCAGCCACUGAGCUCAACCGAUUCGAAAGAAAGCACAAAAUACGGUUACUUACACACUUACACACCAAAGCACAAUCUUCGCCUACUAUAUCUUGAUGGUCUCUCCGCUGGCAAGACUCCCAAUGGCACACUUGACACGCAAGACAUGCUGCUCCUUAACCUCACCGACUCGGAUAGUCCUAUGGGGGGCGAAUACAAGCGUGCGGAAGGUCUUUGCAAUCUAACGGCUACUCUUUGGGAAGAUAAGAUCAAUGGCGUCCUGCGCAUGGAGGCUGGCUUCGAGAUCAUACUUUGUGACUUUGCGAAGCAUUUAAAAAGGACAGAUGUCGUUGCGGUAGCUCCACACGAGCAUCGGGGUGCAUUUGGAAGAGGACCGGAUGGUUGGCAGUACCUUAAAGCUCUCACCUCGCGCUACCAAGGUAUCGGUGGGGACAGAGUGAAGUUAGAUCUCGAAAACUUCGCUAGCGUCUUUGCAUAUCCCGAUAUAGAAGGGCUGUUUAACAACGACGUACAGUCGGACUACGCCAUGCCUCGAUUACAGAACGUCAAAGAGUCUGAUCGUCUACGUGUCAAAGACGAUGUCACGGCGAUGAUCCUACGGAAAAAUUGGAAUGCAGACGAACAACCGCGUGAUUGGCAAGCAGUAGCCGAUAUGAUAGUGCAGCGGUACAGUAAGCCCCUUCAUCAUCUUCACACUGACGAAGAGAUCCGAGGAGACAAAGACGCACUUGCUCUUUACCUGGCCAUUCAACUCCGUCCCUUCAUCUCUUCCGUUCGCAACGCAACACUCGAGACACAGCGCUGCUUGUCCCAGUUCAUCCCCACACUGCCUUCACCACCACAGCCAGCCGCAUCGCUGGCCCAUCUCGCUCUAUACGCUGUGACGCAUCGGAUUUGCGACACACUCUUGACUGCCUUAUCCAUCGCUUCGUCACCUACUUCUCACUUGUCAUUUACGUCUGUGUAUGCCUCACAUGCUGUUGAGCUUAUCGACGGAUUGGUUGAAUUUCUACACUGGACAACGUGGAAGGACUGUGGAGCGUGUGCGGACGAAGAAGUCUGCUUCAUACCUAUUUGGCCGAUGGGCUCGCAUGAGGAUCAUGCACACCCACAAUGUAAGCGCAGAGAGGAUGUGGAAGAUGGCGGUGGGUAUUGGGGAUCCAGAGAGAGACCGCAUGGAAAGAGAAGGAUGAACAAUGAUGGCAAGUACGAGUUCUCACGUCACAGGAGACAGAGCAAAGGAGUUGAAGUUGCGAACUAG